ACAUGAUUUGUCAUUGAUUACAUUUCUGUUGUGCAACAGGUCAUGCACUCACGGUGCCUCAACGAUUACUCUGCAGGCUUAGGCUAUCAUCAGCUCCACUGGUGAGGUUUCCUCAGACCACUGUACAUGCCUAGCUGGUCUUACUGAGACAUGUACCCACGUUGGGGCCCUGCGACUGUCCGCUGUAGGCAAAUGAAGACGGUCACAGGCAAACCCGCAUACUGAAUCCUACAAAGUAAUGUGAACAAAGUGCAUAUUGAGGUGUGUCAUAGGAUUUAUUACACAUCUGCUGCUGCCAUGUGAAAAAUCGCCGUCUUCUGGAUGGUACAGCUGACAAGCAAGGCUGGAUGACUUGUUCCAGGAAGAUCACCACACCGUCACCUGUACGAACUGGGAACUAGCACUAUUUUACGUUGAUCUUUAAAAAGCAGAUGGCAAUGUUGCUAUACUGAGAAUACUGCCACGUUAUUGAGAGGAGUUGGCAGGUGAAUUUAUAUGCAUUCCGUUAAAUGACAUCGCAAUUCCACUAACACCAACCGUACACUGAAAGUGAAAGGCUUUCAUGGGGUCACGGCGCUGCCUUUUAAAUCAACUGUCGCUUGCGGUCGUCCUUAUAUUUUAGUCUAUCUUUUACCCGAUCUUAGUUAUAGUUAAACGACGAAAGUACCUUUAAAAAUGCGUAAAAGCCAGCUGUAACCCAGGGAAACCGAAAACUACAAAAGGAAAAAAAAUCUGAGAAAGUACAUACCAACCUAUUCAGUUGUAAUGGUAUUUUCUAACCAUGCGUAUAGCAAAUGGAAAUACUUGCUUUAGUGUUGGUACUACCGAUUCGAUGCUGCGGUUUCGAAGUCCCUUGCGAUGCGUUUUAAAGCGGCCGCCGUGGGAGCCCCGCCCCGGUGUGGGACGUUUGCCCGGCGGAGCGCUAUGUUAGGCAGAGCCGCGGGAGAAGCUCGCCGACAUUUUUAGACGCCAUCAUCAGAGCUGACGUGGGGACUACGUGUGCAGCGGAUCGGGCCAUCCACCCCUACCGUAAUCAGUGACGAGCCCCACUACGUAAAAAAACCUCGACGGAAGGCCAUGGAAACCAUGGUUGCCUCUCAGCAGGAUGCAAGUGCGAACGACUCUUUGUCUGACAGAGAAGUGAUUCGGAUUAAGAAUGAGUCCGGCUUGUCCUCGCUGGCACAGACCACUGUAGGUGGGGAAGGAGGAACAGGAGCGCCCUCUGCCGUCACUGUGUUGCAACUGUCGGGCGGACAGACACUGCACGUCCAGGGUGUCAUCCAGGCCCCCCAGGCUUCUGUCAUACAGUCCCCCCACAUCCAGAGCAUGCAGGUGGCUGCAGUGGCGGCGUCUGAGGAUGGGGAGACAGCAGAGGUGGCGACAGACACGCAGAAGAGGAGAGAGAUUCUUACAAGGCGUCCGUCUUAUAGGAGGAUACUCAAUGAUCUGUCGUCGGACGCGUCGGCCGUCCCGAAGAUCGAGGAGAAUCCAGAGGAGGACAGAGCUUCCCCCGGUGCUCCCCAAGUACCGGCCGCGGCCUCCAUCUACCAGACCAGCUCCGGACAGUACAUCGCCAUCACUCAGGGAGGGGCGAUCCAGAUCGCUGGACCAGGCACCGACGGGCUCCAAGGCCUGCAGAACCUCACCAUGUCCAACUCAACGGCGCCCCCACCUGGCGCCACAAUAGUGCAGUAUGCGGCUCAGGCAGGAGACGGGACCCCUCAUCUCUUUGUGCCGGGCAGUCAGGUCGUCGUGCAAGCUGCCACUGGGGACAUGCCAGCCUAUCAGAUCCGCACGCCGGUCUCCAGCCUAGCCCAGAACGUUGUGAUGGCCGCUUCUCCCGGCGCCCUACACAGCCCUCAGCCGCAGCACACUGAGGAGGCCACACGCAAAAGGGAGGUCCGUCUCAUGAAGAACAGGGAGGCUGCGCGGGAGUGCCGCAGGAAGAAGAAGGAGUACGUUAAAUGUCUGGAGAACCGGGUGGCAGUGCUGGAAAACCAAAACAAGACUCUCAUUGAGGAGCUCAAGGCCUUAAAGGACAUCUAUUGCCAUAAAGCAGAGUAGCGACUCUGGGCUGGGCGUGCAGGCAGAUAGACCUCCGGGGUGGUGGGAGCGAGUGUCUCCAUAGGACUGAAAAUCCGCCGCACCGCUCCCGGGCAUGGUGGGGGCGUUAGCGGAGCCCCGGACCCUGCCAACCACCCGUGUAUGAACGUGUGCUGCCCCCUUUGCUUAUGCUUCCUGCAGGGAAACUGCGAAAGCCUGGAAAUCCAACCGUUCCACGCUGGUGUCCCCGAGGUUAUAGCUGGUGGGAUAUCUACAGGAAGAGGAUGAACUGGGCACAUCCGGAUGGGACGCAGGCACAGUGCGCGUACCCCGUCCGUGUCCGCCGUCCUCCGAGUGCUUUGAGUCCCAACUCUCAUACACAAUGAUCUUACUACCUGUAAAUUUUCCCAUAACUCCCAUUUAAACCAAACAGAAUAAGAAUGGAACUGGGAGUUCGCAAUGCCGUCCCACAACAACACUUUAUCAAUUUGUCAGAGUUAAUUUUUUUCCAAGAGAUCUAUUUUCUAUUGCAAAAGAAUUGUAAGAGACUUUAUUUUUGGAUUGUCAUGUGAAACCCAGCCUUACAGUUUCUGUAUAACAGCUGUGUGCUAUUGAUUGCUUUUUUUGAAUGCCCGAAUAGGUAUAUAGUAAAUGACAGAUGUCCCUGUGGUAGGUUUUUAUUAAAAGUGUUUUUGACCAUUAAAAACUUAUUUGCAUGGUUCUUCUUUAUAAACUUAUAGUUUUAUAUAAGUUAUGAAGAACGAGUCAAAAAAGUAUCAAUUUAUAAAUUAAGGUAAUUAUUUUUAUAUAUCAAAAUGGAUGAACGCUUCUGCAGAUCAGGAAUACUUGUUUCACAAGCACAUUUUUUUGUGAAUGACUUUUGUUUACGUCGUCAUUCACACUAUUAUUAACAAUAUAGUAGCGGAACCGACAGCGCACACGUGCAUCCAAACGUUACAGCAUUAUAUAAUUCUUUUUACAGCAUGUAAACUUGUUUCUGAAAUGGAGAGACUUUGAUCAUUCUCAUACUAAAAGGGGAUUAUAAUGCGCCGUAAUGCACUUGUAUAAUACUAGUGUAAAUGCAGCGCAGAGAAGCUACCAGUUUCAUAUUAAUGCAUAAAUUACGGCUCAAGUACAUUCAAUUGGCACAUUUGAUCAUUGGCAUUUCUUAGAUCUGUGCCUCACGUCUACAUACAGCUUUCUGUAUACCUUUCUGUUGCUGCAAAAACUACGGCUUGUAUGUGUAAUGAUUCGUAUACACACACAAUUUCCGCCGGGCAGGAAAACGUUGUUCGCUGUGGUUUUUUUGUCUUCUGUAAUCCUCUUUUUAUUACCAUUCAUUAUUUAUUUAUGAAUAGCAAGCAUCUAAAUGCGGACAAACCACAAACUGUACGAUGCCAUAAAUGUAAUAAAAGAUAAAACUGGAUAUUUCAAA